CGGGCAGUGGCGCCACCUAUUUAGAUAUUUAAUCAUCGGGGUUACCAUGACGAUAGAAAAGCGAAAUCGAAGUUUGUUGCCACUGUAAAGUCCACUAAAAUAAAAUAAAAUGAGUUUGUUUGAAGGUAGGAAUGAAAUUCGAUUCAACAAUUCGGGUGGAAAAUGUUUGUUGGAAAACUGGGUGGAAGAGAGAGCAACUGCUUCUCUUGAGCCAACAGAUGUGAACUCUGAAUGCACGAGCAGUGCACAACUUCAUAGGCACGGCCACAAAGGUUUACUCACACUUAGUCUUGAUGCAAACGCUGAAAAGCUCACCACUGUGAGAGAAUCUUAUCAAAAACCAAAGUUUCCUGAAGUUCGAACUCGUGGAAAGAAGGAAGAGAUGAUAGAAAGAAUGCUCUACAAUAAAGUUGGAGAGGAAACACACAGAGAAUUCAACCCACCCCCACCACCUAUGGAGUAUGUUACAAUAAAACAACAAGAUUUCGACAAACCUGAUUUCAAAUCUACAGUACCUCCCCCAACAAAGGACCACAAUGUGAACACUGAUCAGUGCGUAACUUACUGGUCAACGCACACAAACAAAAUACAUGGUGUUUCACAAGUAAAGACAAGAGAUACACCUUUCAAAAAGAACACGGCAUUUAGCAAGCCUAUAUCAGAAUAUCUUGACCAGACGAAACCACAUGAUGAAGAACAAUACCCUAACAUGUGAAGCACUUAACACUGCGGUUUUUAUUUUUUUCGUAAUGUCACUGUAUUUUUGCGUCAAUACAAAUGUCUGUAGCA